CGGGCCGUAGUAGCGGGAUGCCGAACUUAACGCCGCGAUGUAAACAACAGACAGGAGAUUGAGGACAGGUGCCCGCUGUUUGUGUGGUGGGGAGUUUGCUCUGCGUGUCAAUACUGUAUAAACCUUUAUCAAGUAUGUAGUAAUAUAUAGGGAUUCUUCAUAAGGACCCAGCAAGGCCUGCACUGCUGUCCGGACCUUGAAGCUCCUGUUGGCAUUCCCAUCCCUGGCCAACACCACGUCGAUGAAAUCGAGGCCUGACUGCACCACUGCCAUCAGUUGCCAUCAAGAGGUGAAGGACACAAGGAUGGGAGAUGAAAGAGGAUUGUUUCAGCAGUUGAUCAACAGCUUUGAAGCUUUUCUGUCAGAGGCACAAGCUGGUGGUCAAGUAGAGAAAUAUGUGUUGGAAGUGGUGGUUGGGAAGGAAGAGGUAAGAGCGGUACUGCAUUCUGCCCUUUAUACAGCUCUUGUCAGCCUUCUGCAUACCUUGCAGGAAAUUCUUGAAAAUUGCUAUGCUGAGAAGAAGCAGAAUUUGUCAAGUGUGGCAUGUUCCCUGAAUCCAGGACAGUAUGAACACAGUGGGGAUGAUCUGCCUAGACUGACAGAGUCUGGAAGUCAAGAAGAAAAAGUAGUAUGUAAAACACCAGUCUCUCAGCCACUGCACUGUUUGUCUCCACCACUCCAGCCCACCACUAAGGAAACUGAGGCAGCCAAUGUGCUGAUGAACUUGUCAGGAAAAGCAACUGAUAGAGGAACCCAACCUAUUCUGGAAUCAUGUUCCACUCCUCACCACUCACAUCACUCAGGUUCUAGGCCUCAGCUCUAUUCAUGUCCUCCUAUGGCUCCUGGGAGAAAGGACCUUAGUAGUAGGAGGGAACCAGUCCCAUGUGAUGAGGUGCCCCAGAUCAAUGAGAAGGACUUGUUACCCUUGGCUACUCAGGUUUUGUGUCAGUUUUGUUCUCGUCAGUGUGAAGACCUAGUGGAGUUGCAUGAACAUGUUUUAGCAGCCCACCAUACUGCUGAGGCUGAUGCUUCCCUUACUGUGCCCCAAAGGAAAGCCCAGACCUCAUUUAGGGUAGAAGAGGAUGAUGGAAUAGCUCCUGUGGAUGAGCAAGAACAGAGACUGGAGCCAGCUGACUCUGACACAAGUAUGAUAGUAUUAUUUCCACAACCUAGCACUAGCCACAAUUUUUUAGAAAAGAAGUCAAAGAGGAGCAGCAAGUUCAAGAAAGAAGCUUUUGAAUUAAGUAAUGAAGGAAUCACUACUGAGGAAUGUUCUCAGCAAGAGGAGGAUUGUGUUAAUGAUUGGCAAUCCAGUGUGGUAGUUGAUAGUUCUGAAACCCAGCCUGAUUGGCAAUCCAGUGUGGUAGUUGAUAGUUCUGAAACCCAGCCUGAACUCCCACCUCCAACUCUUUCCACCAAUAACCUUUGUGACAAGGACCAAGAUUGGUUGAAGGGGCAAGCAUGCCGUAGUGUGACUGAGCUUACCCCUGUAGCCAGUGGAGAUGCACUUGCUAUGGCAGUAGAAUCAUCACAGAUUCGAGUAUUAGAAACCAAAAUCACCAUCCAGGUGUGCCUUGAAUGCAGCUCUGGAUUCACUGAUCCUCAGGAUUAUACAGGCCAUGUAUGUGUAGCCAACCGACCCCUGGUUUAUCGUGGGUCUGAUGGCUCUGUGACGUUGGCUGAUGUACCUCCAGGCACCACAGCUCAUCAGUUGCAGACAUCUGACAUGAGGCUUUUCCCAGAAUUUUUUGUCCAGCAAACAGUUGAAGGUGGAGUUCGAGGUUUGCAAGUGGUGCAUCUCUCGGGCCGCACAUUGCGGCUGCACACCAAUUGCCCUUUGUCCUACCUGGGGGAUCAGCUGAUUUCAUUCAGGUGUCCUACAUGUGAAAAUGAUAGUGACAGUCUUACCCGCUUCCUAGACCACCUGAUAACUGGUCCAUGCAUGUUUAGGUGCCCUGACUGCCAGCUGGUAUACAUCUCAUUGGACAAACUCAAGAAGCACCGUGCCUCUCUUCACCCAUCACUUGAGGACCGCACAUGUCCCAACUGCCACCAUGUCUUUGAGAAGCGACAUCAACGUAAUAAGCACCUCAAAACCAAAUGCUCCCAGCGCCAUGAGUGCGUGGUAUGCAACCGGCUGCUCAAGAAUGAAUACAGCCUUAGAGUCCACAUGCAGUCCCAUGAGGAGGAACGUAAGCACGUGUGUAAAGACUGUGGGGCUGCAUUCCACCGCCAGGCUAUCUUAACAAGGCAUAAAAUGCGUCAUACAGGCACAAAACCACAUGCCUGCCCCCAGUGUGACUCCCACUUCUACACUCGCCAGCACCUUCGCACACAUCUUGAUCGCCACAAUGGGCUGCGACGGUUUCCAUGCAGCACCUGCAACAAGGCUUACUAUUCUAAGCAUGAUCGUGACACCCACUACUCCAAGGUCCAUUGUAAGACCCACCCUGCCCUCAAGGCUCAACCUACACUGGAGGUUAGGUCGGAGCAUGUCACUGAAUAAUGGUGGUAAUUUUCAUUAACUUGAAGAUUUGAUAUUGUUGUACAUACAUCCCAUUUUGCACUUAUUGUUAGUGGUCUCAUACAGACAAAGAUAUGGCAGGGAAGUGUGAGCAAGGUACAUGAGGUACAUUUUAUCUUUUGAGAUAAAUGAGAGUGGAAAUGUACCAUGUCCUGUAACACUUCUCAAUUUUCAUUCCCUGCUAAACUUUUUUUAUCUUGCUUUUAUCUUCAGUUAUAUGCAGUUAAUAGGGGUUACUGUUCUGAAAUGAUUAACUGCAUACCACUUACUUGUAUAUCUUGAUGUAUUUCUGGUAGUAUAUACCUCAGCCACAAGUUAAGCUGGGAAUAUUAGAGGGGAUAUAGAUCUAGAAGUAAGAUUACUUAUGCUUAUUGUCAAAAUGCUGGAAAUUAGAUUUAACACUCUUAUUACAACUUCUACCAUUCCAGCAAUGAGAGUGUAGUACAGUGUUGUAGAGGGAUAAUAGCUCUCUCUUGUGAAGUGUGUGUAUAUAUAUGUGUUGACAGAUGAUAAAUUUGUGGUACUACAAAUCUGUGUGUGUGUGUGUGUGUGUGUGUGUGUGUGUGUGUGUGUGUGUGUGUGUGUGUGUGUGUGUGUGUGUGUGUGUGUGUGUGUGUGUGUGUAAUUCACCUCGCUCACCUGCUGGU